AUGGAUUGGACGAACGAAACUAUUUUGCGAUUUUUAGAGUUGUACGAAAAAUAUCCGUGUAUUUGGGACCCAAAACACAUAUGGUAUAGAAACAAAGACCGUGUGAGCGAGGCGUGGGUCGAUAUACUAAUUGGUUUAGGUGUGCCAUGCGCUGUAAAAGACCUUAAGAGGAAAAAAGAUUCCUUAAUGGCUGCGUAUAGAUCUUACAAAACUAAAAUUAAGAGAUCGGAAGUAUUAGGAUCAAGCUCUGCCGACGUUUAUCAACCUUCAUGGUUCGCAUUCUCUUAUAUGGACGGUUUUCUUGGGUCUGUCUAUAAAUGCAACCAGUCGAUGAGUACUAAAGAUGAGAAGAAACGUAAUAUAGAAGAGGCAAAUAUUGUUCAAGAUGAUCAAAAUAACCAUCCCGUAGAACAUAUAAAUAUCGAUGAAGACAAUGCGGGGACCUCGAAUACUGUUGGAUCAAAUCCAGAAGUGGAAUCGUGCUCAUAUAUAAUGUUGUCACAACAAGAAUUUACAGAUCAAGAAAGUUCGUCCCCAGAACAGCGGCCCGUGGUAACUACGUCUGGGAAGAGGCAGCGUUCGUUAUCUGAGCAUGAGCAACAAUUAAAUGAAGAGGACGAUGAAUGUUAUAUAUUUGGAAGACUCGUGGCCAAGAAACUGCGUAAACUUCCUGAUAGUCGUAGAGACUUAUUAAUGAUCAAAAUAAAUCAGUUAAUUUACGCCGAGAGCUACGGCCUCGAUAGGCCUAAUUCACCUUUGUCACGGUCGUCAUGUCCAUACACCGAAUCGCCACAGGCAUCAAUUCAGAAAGAGGAGUUCAUCACUGAAACAUCAUCAGCAGAACCUACUGCAAUCAUCAAACUAGAAUACGAUUACGAGUAG